AUGGCUUCGUAUCUGGUCACAGGGGCAUCCCGCGGUCUUGGGUUUGAGUUCCUCCGCCAGUUGUCUGACAAGUCAGGCAACAUUGUGAUUGGUCUCGUCCGCAACAAACAGGCCACAAUCGAAAAGAUCAAGCGCGAACUCUCUACACGGAAAAAUGUGCAUAUCAUCCAGGCCGACAUCAACGACUAUGAAGCUCUCAAGGCUUCUGUUAAUGAGACUUCCAAGAUCACUGGUGGAAAGCUUGACUACAUCAUUGCAAAUGCAGGUCUAGUCUCUCCUUGGUCCGCUUACGACCCUCUCGGUGUUCUAGGCGAACAGCCUGAGAAGCUCGAGGAGGACUUGCUCACCUCAUUCAAGGUCAACGUAGUCGGCAACAUCCACCUGUUCAACCUUUACGUGCCACUCCUCCUCAAGGGUCAGGCUAAGAAGGCCAUCACGCUAUCCACGGGUAUGGCCGACCCGGAUUUCGUUUCCAAGUUUUCCAUUUCCGUUUCAGCACCCUAUUCAAUUAGCAAAGCCGCGGUCAACCUAGCUGUUUCCAAGUUCGAUGCCCAGUAUAGAAAGGACGGCGUACUUUUCAUGGCCGUUUCACCAGGUAUGGUCGACACAGGCCACUAUGAUGACGCGACGGAGGAGCAGGUCCGGAAGGCGGGUGAAAUGUUGCAGCAGUUCCAAGCCUACGCACCCAGCUUCACUAAGCCGAUAACCCCCGAAGAGUCUGUCACUGCAGUCUUGUCUGUGAUGCACAAGGCUAGUAUCGAAGCUGGCAAUGGCGGCUCAUUUGUGUCUCACUUCGGAAAUAAGCAGUGGCUGUGA